ACUUCCAAUCCAAUCCCUAAUUUCAGCAUUUGCUGCCAUUCUUCGACUUCCUUUUCCCUCCAUCUCUGUCCUUUCUUCCCCAAUUCCGGUACCCUCAUUUGCUUUUCCACUUCGCGCCUCCACAGCAACUCUUCUAGCAUCGUUACUAAUCAACCAUAACACUUACAUCUCGCGCCCGUCUCUUCCCGGCAUUGCCUCCGAGGAAGAAAGGCAGUUCCUUUCCGGUGAAGGUCUCUGGACCCAAUUCUCCCCUGGGGCGUACAAAUCCAUAUCCGGCGGGAAAUCGGAGAGGAGAGGAGGCAGCGAAUUGGGCCGCGGCGGCUGGGCAGUCUUCUUCUUCUUCUUCUCGAAUGGUUCCACAAGUUGCUUAUGAUUAAUUUGCCUGGUUUCGUUUAUGAACUGAUAGAGAGCCUGGCUGUGUAUCAUUUAGGAUAUUGUGUUUCGGGGUGUCGGUAGUUGACUGUCGUUGUCUGAAAAUAAAAAGGGAUGAUAUCUGAAGAGGCUGGAGAAAUGUUGAUGGUCUAUGAUGAUCCCUCAAACCAACAAUCAUUGUCUUUGGACGAUGGCAGUAGCACAGAGGAAUCACACGAUGACACAAGACUCUCCUUGGAAACCAAUACUGACACUGUUCCUUAUAUCGGGCAGAGAUUUGCUACACAUGAUGCAGCUUAUCAAUUCUACAGUGAGUUUGCUAAGCGAUGUGGAUUUUCAAUUCGAAGGCACCGCACGGAGGGGAAAGACGGCAUUGGCAAGGGGCUCACUAGGCGGUAUUUCGUGUGCCAUCGAGCUGGAAGCACUCCUGCUAAAGCUGCAAACGAGGGUAAGCAGCAAAGGAAUAGGAAAUCAUCUCGUUGUGGAUGUCAGGCGUAUAUCAGGAUUAGCAAGUCCUCGGAGUUGGGUGCAUUCGAGUGGCGCGUGACAGGGUUUGCAAACCACCACAAUCACGAGCUUCUUGAGCCGAAUCAAGUCCGUUUUCUUCCUGCUUAUCGAAGCAUAUCGGAGGCAGAUAAGAGCAGGAUUCUCAUGUUUGCCAAAACUAGGAUUUCAGUUCAACAAAUGAUGAGGCUGUUGGAACUUGAGAAAUGUGUUGAGCCAGGGUAUCUGCCUUUCACUGAGAAGGAUGUGAGGAAUUUGCUUCAGUCGUUUCGUAAGAUAGAUUCAGAGGAUGAGAGUAUAGACUUGCUGAGAAUAUGCAGAAACAUAAAGGACAAGGAACCCGACUUCAAGUUUGAAUACUUACUUGAUUCCAACAAUAGGCUUGAGAAUAUUGCUUGGUCAUAUGCUUCAUCUAUUGAAUCAUAUGACGUGUUCGGUGAUGCUGUGGUAUUUGAUACAACUCAUCGUUUGACUGCAAUCGACAUGCCUCUCGGGAUAUGGAUUGGAGUGAACAAUUAUGGUACGCCUUGCUUCUUCGGCUGUGUGAUUCUGCGAGAAGAAAAUUUGAGGUCAUUGUCUUGGGCAUUGAAGGCAUUCUUGGGGUUUAUGAAUGGGAAAGCACCACAGACAAUGUUAACUGACCAGAAUAUGUGCCUCAAAGAAGCCAUGGCUGCUGAGAUGCCUAGUACAAAACAUGCUCUGUGUAUGUGGAUGAUUGUGGCGAAAUUUCCUUCCUGGUUUAAUGCUGUUUUAGGAGAUCGUUAUAAUGAUUGGAAAGAAGAAUUUCAUCGAUUAUAUAAUCUAGAAUCAAUUGAAGACUUUGAGCUUGGUUGGAGGGACAUGGUGACUUCAUUCGGGCUGCACGCUAAUCGCCACAUUGCAAACUUGUAUGCCUUGCGGUCUCUAUGGGCGCUACCAUACUUGAGAAGCCAUUUCUUUGCAGGAAUGAUGGCGAUUGGACAUUCAAAAUCUAUAAAUGCAUUCAUCCAGCGGUUUCUAAUUGCACAAACCCGUCUACCUCAUUUCGUAGAACAGGCUUCUGUUGCAGUUGACUUCAAAGACCAAGCUGCUGAACAACAAAUAAUGCAGCAGAAUCUUCAAAACAUAAACUUAAAGACGGGGGCACCCAUGGAAUCCCAUGCCGCAUCAGUCCUCACUCCAUACGCUUUCUCCAAGCUCCAAGAACAACUCGUAUUAGCUGCCCACUAUGCGUCAUUCCAAAUGGAAGAUGGGUUUCUCGUGAGACACCACACAAAGCUCGAAGGAGGCAGGAAGGUGUAUUGGAUGCCCAGGGAAGGCAUCAUUAGUUGCAGCUGUCAUCAGUUCGAGUUCUCUGGAAUACUCUGUAGGCAUACCCUUCGUGUUCUCUCCACUGGGAAUUGUUUCCAAAUACCUGAAAGGUAUCUCCCCGUACGCUGGCGUCGUGUUACAGGCACACCUCCCAGUAAACUGGUUCAAGAUCCGCAGCGGAAUCAUUCAGAGAACGUGCAGAUGUUACGGAAUAUGGUAUCGUCCUUGAUAAGUGAAUCGGGCAAGUCAAAGGAGAGGUUGGAGAUUGCUACGGAAGGAGUUUCAAUGCUUUUGUCUCGGAUAAGAGAACAGCCGGUUUCAUCAACAGAUGGUAAUGCCAUUCAGAGAAACGUUUGAUCCCCCUUGAGGAACGACUGGAAAAGAACUCAGCCAUCCUUCCAAAGCAGGACGGGUUUGGAAAGGAAGAAGCAGAAGUGGCUAUACGGAGAUUUUUUUAAGUUCUCUAGGAAUUAUGGCCCAAAGUAGCUAAUAUGUGGAGACUCAAAUGCAGCAUGCACGAGUCCUAGAGAUUCAGCGUUCUGGAGUGAAUUAUUGCUGUGACCCUCUGAUGGGUUUUUUUGGACAACUGAUGCUUCGUUGACUGGUUGCAAAAACCGAUUUUGGACUCAUCGUGAUGCUAAUUCGUGUGCCUUUUGGUGUAUGUUGAUGCAAGAUGUUACUUCCAUCUGUAUUGAAACUGGAUUACUCGUACAUAAUGGAUAGUUGAGUUUCUUCACCCUUAUGGUUUCUGUCAACUGAGA